AUGCUCUCCGCAUUCACUGCUCGGCCUCUCGUCGAGCUCAAACCGCGAGACAAGUCGCGGAUCGAAGCUGUCCUCGCAUACGGCGAUCGGGUCCUCGUCGGACUGAAUAACGGAAAUUUACGGGUCUACCGCGUUAACGAAGUCGAAAUUGAAGCUGAACACGAUGCGGAUCCUCCUCCCACCCAGAACAACGGCAACGGCCAUGACGCAGGUUACGGCGGAAGUCGGCCGCCCACACAGAAUGGGAACGGGGAUAACGGCACGAAUAACCCGGUAGCAAAAGCGAAACGUACAGAUCUACUCCGUGAAUUGGAGAAGUUUUCUAGGUACAAGAUCGAGCAACUGGCGAUAAUUAAGGAGGCGAAGCUCCUGGUCUCCCUGUCGGGCGGAUAUGUCUCCAUUCACGAUUUACAAACCUAUGAACUCCAGGAGCAACUUACACGGACCAAAGGUGCCGUAGCUUUCGCCGUGACAUCAAAUAUCGUCAAUGAUCCUGAGACUGGUGUUCCGUCGAUUGUAUCGCGACUUGCGGUUGCGGUUAAGAGAAAGAUAAUGCUAUGGUCGUGGAGGGACAUGGAACUCGAGAAUGAUACCGCAGAAUUAACACUCGUCAGUGGUAUAAAGACGCUUACGUGGGUCUCUGGUACGAGACUGGUGGCCGGACUAAGCUCGAAUUUUGUGCUGGUAGAUAUUGAGAUGAAAACUGUUACGGAUUUGGUUGGCCCAGGGAGCAUCGGCGGUCUUGGGGGCCAGGAAACAGGGCGACUUGCGGGUGUCGGAGUCGCUAGUAUGAGUUACAUUGGAAUAGGCGGUUCUGCGCCGAAACCGCUGGCCACACGGCUGAGCGAGGGACAGAUAUUGUUGGCCAAGGACAUUAACACGCAGUUUACUGAUAUCGAUGGAAAUUCGUUGGGUCGACGACAAAUUCCCUGGAGCAGCGCGCCGGCCGAUAUUGGGUAUUCGUAUCCAUUCUUGCUUGCCCUGCAUGAUUCUAUGAAGGGGAUCUUAGAGGUUCGGAACCCGGAAACUCUGUCGCUGCUCCAGUCUAUUUCUCUGCCUUCCGCAAGCACUAUGCACAUUGCUCAACCUACCAUAAGCCUCGCGCAUGCCGGCAAGGGGUUCCUUGUAGCGAGUGACCGAAUCAUAUGGAGGAUGGAGGCUCUCGGAUACGACAGCCAGAUUGACUCGCUUGUGGAGAAAGGCUAUCUUGACGAAGCUAUAAGUCUUGCGGGUAUGCUUGAAGAUGCGCUUCUCAAGAAUAAAGAAGGCAGAAUACGAGAGAUUAAACUCGAAAAGGCCGAGGGAAUGUUCAGGCUACGAAGGUACCUCGAAUCAAUGGAGCUCUUUACAGAGGUCUCCGCACCCCCUGAGACCGUCAUUCAACUGUACCCUAGGAUUAUCGCGGGCGACCUCACGUCUAUUAGCGAAGAAGAUGAAUUGGAAGGAAGCAUGACAGAGAGCCAAUCUAAACUCCCUGAUAGUCAAGCUCAGGCUGAAGGAAACGGCUCAGAAGAGACAACACCCAUCAAAGCUUUAAAUCAUACGCCGUCAAUGAUGUCUUUUCUUCGGAGCCGAGAUGAAGGGAGCGGAAGUGACUCAGGCAGCGUCCGUGGAAAGCCGGAAGAGGCACGUCUUGAAAAGCCUCUAACCGGGAAAGAUCUCAAACUUGCAGUUCGUGAGCUACAGGCAUAUCUUGCUGACGUUCGAAGACGAUUCCAGCGGUUCUUGAACCCCGAUGGCUCACUCAAGAUUGACCCGCAAACUCAUGCAGCAAAGGACGAAUAUACGGAUUCUGUGAUGAAGUUACUCGACGUAGGCGAGGAUGACGAAGACUACGACCUUGGAGAGAAGCUUCGCGAGAAAGCAAGACUUGUUGAUACAACCCUCUUCAGAGUUUACAUGUACGCCACACCUUCUCUAGCAGGCUCGCUCUUCCGCAUUGCCAACUUCUGUGACCCAGAAGUGGUCAUGGAGAAACUCGAAGAGACAGGCCGGCAUAACGAUCUCAUUGACUUUCUGUACGGAAAGAAGAUGCACCGCCAGGCUCUUGAGCUUCUCAGGAAAUUUGGCCAGUCUGAAUCAGAAGAAGAAACAGCGCCGCAGCUUCAUGGACCCAAGAGAAUGGUCGCGUAUCUGCAGCAUCUACCCCCGGAGCACAUUGACCUUAUUCUUGAAUUCUCCGAGUGGCCCAUCCGGGAGGACCCUGACCUUGGCAUGGAAAUCUUCCUUGCGGAUACGGAGAAUGCGGAGACGCUGCCUAGGCAAAAAGUACUUGAUUUUCUUCAGGGAAUUGACGAUAAGCUGGCUGUUCGUUAUCUUGAGCAUGUUAUUGGAGAACUGAAUGACUUGACGCCGGAUUUGCAUCAAAGGCUGGCUGUUUUGUAUCUGAACCGGUUACAGAAACACCAAAACAGUAAGGAUGGAUUCGCAACAGAAGAUGAAUACAAAUUCUGGCGGGAGAAGCUCAUUACGAUGCUAAAAACGAGCGACCAGUACUCGCCGUCUAAAAUUCUGGCUCGUCUGGAUCGUGACGACCCAGAGUUUUUCGAAGCUCGCGCAAUCCUAUUCAGCAAAAUGGGUCAGCACAGGCAAGCACUGGAAAUUUACGUAUUCAAGCUAGAAGAUUAUGUCAAAGCAGAGGAAUAUUGCAACCAUCUCCACAGAACAGAAGAUACCCCGACACCGAGUGGACCAGCUGCUGAGUAUUCCGCGCUGGCCCCCUCCGACGAUGAGCCCUCCAUCUACCACACACUGUUGUCAUUGUACCUAACUCCGCCUCACGGGUAUAAGCCACAAUAUGCUCCAGCUCUUGAUAUCCUUGCCCGGCACGGAUCUCGGUUACCCGCCAAUUCUGCAUUAGACUUGAUCCCUGAAUCUCUUCCGGUCCACGAACUCGAAUUUUACUUCAAAGGCCGCAUGCGCGCAGCAAACACGAUUUUGAAUGAAAGCCGGAUCACGGCAAACUUGCUCAAGGUCCAAACCAUCAAAACACGCGCGGAGCUGCUAGUCGGCGAGGGAACGGAUGGAAGAUCGUCAAGGUCAAGGCAUGUCACCAUUACCGAAGAACGGGUGUGCAGCGUCUGUCAUAAAAGAAUUGGUGGUAGUGUUAUAAAUGUAUUUCCUGAGGCGGGUCUUUCGUUCUUGAUACCCAGGAUAGUGAGACUACCCAAGGAUUCACUAUUUCUUCUUCUUCGGACACCUUUCACUGGCUUGGUGUAUCUACUCCCAUGUAGCAGCAGGCGGCUCAUGCAUCGUCAUCAACCACUUCCUCUCCGUAGUUCUCUUCCUCCUUGGCUUCAUUCUCUGACAAUUGGCGGCCCUGGGCUUCAGCUGUUUUCUUGUCCACCUCCAUACGUUCGGUCAAAAACAAAUUGA